GUCAUCAGUAAAUAGUCAAGGUAACGCACGUGUGGUGUCGCUGCUUAAUCAAUUCUGUUUUGUUAUGGUUGUAUGUGUGGGUAUGGUUGUGUGGUAAUUUAAGAUACGGCGACUGUACUUUGACCGAAAGAAGGUUUGAGUACAUAAACUGAAAUGGCAACAGCAGAGGCAGUGCGUCCUGUUCAUGGACAGUUUGAAUGGAAUGAGCAAUCCAAGUGUCUUGAAUUUAUAAGCAAGGAUAGCCAUGGACAUGGUUACUACGACAAGAAACGAAGAAGCAGAGGUCAUUUUGAUAUUGGUCAUGCCAACCUAAAAAGUAAAACUACAAAAGCAGUCAAGGCCCCUUCCAUAUAUGGGUUCUCAUCUGUUCCGAGAGGAAACCCUGGUAUUGUGUCCAGCAGACUGACCGGCCAAAUUGGGGGCCAGGGUGGGUCGCCUAAAUUUGGUGGGAUAUGGCAUGGGGGGAGCAGUAAUGACGUCACCCUGCAUAAUGUUAAAUCUGUUGCUAUGGAUUUGCUUGCUGAAGAAAGAGAAGCUAAAAGAACAAAAGUUUCAGCUGCGUUUAUAAACCUCGUCAGUACUCAGCAGUUCGAUAACUUCUUGGUGACGCUUCUUCGUUACUUUAACUGCUUUUAUGUGGGUUUAGAACAGGAGAGACACCCACAUAAAACUACUUAUUUGGAACCAAGCAAGGCAGAGGUAAAAGCACUAGCUGAAACUCAACAGCGACUUGUAGUAACAAAAAGAAGGCUUGGCCAGGCUUAUUGUGUGAUUGUACUUGGACUUGGCCUGGAGAAACAUCACCAUAUGGGUUGUGGAAAGCAGAGAGUGUCUUCAACUCACAGAGACAAGCAUAUGUUUGAAGAUAUGUACACCUUCUGUACGUUGUUGAUUUGGGUCACCUUUAGGAGGAAGGAAUAUGUUAGAGUUCACCAAGAAAUGGGAGACAUGUUAAGAUCCGCUGUGUUUAAUCCUGCCAAUCGUAAAGUGAAGCCUGUUAACAAUGAUAAUGUGAAGAAAACUGUGAAGAAACCAUUAGGUAGAAAAGAGGCAAUGCAGAAACCAAUUGCCCGAAGAAUCCAUGAUUUACUAUCGGCUGAACUGCCAAAGUUGGAGAAACUCACACCAGCACAACAUAGAAGAUUUGCAGGAAAACGUCCAGCGCUGAUGAAGGCCAUUCAUCAAAGAUCAUCUGCUCUUGUUUCCCUGCUUCCUCUUCCCAAAGAGGAUGCGAGUCACCUCUUCGGAGGAAAGAUCCCGAAUGAGAAGUCUAUCACUGAGAUCAAGGAGGACUCGGAUGGGAUGUUUCUUCUUCAGCAUCAGUCCAUCCUCCCAUCAGAGAAGCUCGGGAUCAUCGGAGAACCGAUGGAGAUGUUUAAUCCCGAAAACCUCCAACCGAAGAACACUGACAGUGAUGAGGAAGAUUCUGACUCUUUGGAUGGGGACUCACAUUCGCUGUCAAACAACAAACCAACGCAGAGUGAUCUUUCUCGUCACAGCGCAACAUCCAGAGCCACUACAGAAGACGGAGAACAUUAGAAAUAAUUUAUCAAAGUUUUUGGGAACUUACUUACCUAUGCCUUACCUGCUGGAAUUUUACCUAAAAUUUCCUGUUUUAUUAAAUUUCAUAUUAAUUACCUUGUGUGUGCUUACUAUUCUGUUACUUUAGGUUUGAAAUCUGUAGUUGGUCUACAUAUUUAUAGAAUUUAAAAUGUGUUUUUUUUAUACAAUGUUUUUUUCAUGUAUAAAAAAUACCGUUGUGUUGAUUUAGGUCACAUUAGGUGUCUUCAGAUAUGUUCUCCACUGUAAUUAAAACAUUUACUCUUAGUGUUAACUAGUAUAGCCCAUUCUUUAGUAAGCUGUAGUUAUUCAAAGGUUGCUAAAAUUUACUUAAUUUGUAUGAAUGAUUUAUAGUUACAUUGCUGUAUACACUCGUUUCAUUUAGUUAGAACUUAAAAGAAUAGCACUUGUGAUGUUUUUACCUUCUUAGACUUUAUAAUUCACCUACCCAUUUGUAGCACUUACACUGUUCUGUUGUUUUCCUUCAG